GCAACAACACACACAUCUGGAAAUAAUUGAGCAGAGAGCAGGAGAGAGGGAAAGGCAGAGUUCCGUUAACAAAAGGGAACAAAAGGAAAAGUAAAACUACAUAAAGUAAGAAUAAAGUUCAGGAUCUGGGAAGGAGCCAAGUUAACGGAGGAGAGCAGGCGGACACAGUCCACCAGAGGAGGAUAAUACAGAGGAAGAGAAGAAAGGAAAGCUGUGUGAAAGGCCUGCUUGGUUCAGGGACCAAUCCAAAGAGGAUCUGAAGAGGAAAACUGAGCACAGAUCAAAUCCAGAGUUUGAAGGAGCCAGGACUCACGAAGAACUGCAACUCAUCUUCAGGAUGUCGGUGUCUCGGAGGUGUCUGUGCUGUGUCAAAUAUUUGAUGUUUGUCUUUAACCUCAUCUUCUGGCUAGGAGGAUGCGGCUUGUUUGGCGUUGGAGUAUGGCUGUCCUUCACACAGGCAGAGUUUUCCUCUCUUCCCUUGUCCUUUCCAUCCCUCUCAGCUGCCAAUCUGCUGCUAGUUGCUGGUGGUAUUACCAUGGUGACUGGCUUCCUGGGUUGUCUUGGAGCCCUUAAGGAGCAGCGCUGCCUUUUGUUCAUGUUCUUUGUGAUCCUUCUGCUCCUGGUCCUGACAGAGGUGACUCUAGUGUUGGUUAUACACAUCUACCAUGAGAAGCUGGACUCCAAAGCGCAAGGAGAACUAAAGGAAGGUAUGAAGAUUUAUGAGUCAGAACCUGGACUGAAGAAGUCCUGGGACAAUGUCCAGAAAAUGUUCAAAUGCUGUGGCGUAACCAACAAAACGGACUGGUAUGAUGUGCUGAAUGGAACACUGCCCUCCUCCUGCUGCUCUGUGGGGACAGACCAGUGUGUGGACGGAUGGAGUGAGCCCUGCUAUCAGAAGGCCAGGCAGUGGCUGCUCUCUAAUAUCUCCUCAGUCCUCGUGUUUGGAGUCUGUAUUGGUGUUGUGCAGAUCCUGGCCCUGGUGUUCUCCAUGCUGAUGUACUGUCAAAUUCUGUGCGCUGAGAAGCACCUGGACUGACCCCAGACCAGCUGCUCAUUGGCAUGUGAUGGGAAGCCUUAUCAAAAACUCCUUGGGGAUCUCAGUUUGAGUUACGAGAUCCUACAGACAACCAACACCAUCUAAUCAAAACCAUCAGUGGACAGUUAGUGGUGGCAGUAUGAAGAGGAGGAGCAGACACAGAAUGAUCAGCACUGUUGGUUGUCUUUGUAUCAGCCCUAUGAAUAUAUUUAACAUUGCAUUAUGUCAUAUCAGUAAGGCUUUAUUUUAACUCUAAAAUCCACCAGCCUCCAGACAAAACAAGUUACAGUGGCCUCAGAGUAUCCUGAGGGGAAAAAGAUUGCUCCAACGUUAUCUUCAAGAGCAGAACACACACAUAUCUGCCUCUCCUUAUUUUACAGUAUUUUCUUUCUGUUUGUCCACAGAUAUGCAGUGACAGAGUGUGAAAUUUGUUAUAAAUUAUGUUUAGAAUAUUUCUGUGUCAUGAAACAACAAGUUUUGAAUUCAUGUUCUUCAAUUCUGUCAUUCAGACAGACUGCAGCUAUAUUUCAUUAAAAACCAGGAAUAGAGGAGAGGAGCCUUAACUAAAUAACCUGCUGGAUCAGUUUGUGUGUUAGCUCAAGAAUUAUAAUAGAGUGAAACGCGAAAGAGAGAGAGAAAGUGAAACCCAGACAGAACAGAAAAUAUUUUUAUGUAGCACUAAGUUCACUUUGUUAAUCAUUUGAAUUUCAGGCCUUGUAUAUUAGUCCAACAAUAUAAGAGCACUUUGAUUGUAUCCGGUUCAGUGACCUUACAGAUUUAAGAUCUAAUCAUUAUUCUUCUUGUUUACCACAUGACUUCAUCCAACUCUAUCUGUUUCAUUGUUGAAUAAUCUGUAUAUAAGAUCAUCUGUUACAGCUCAACAGUAAAACAUGACAUGUUUCUCA